AUGUACGGAGGCGAGUUCGACGGCAACGCUGCUUUCGCCGGCGGCGGUUUCAUGCCUUCUCAGGCAACUACUCAAGCCCCUGACUCCUCCAAUUUCAAGAAUCGCGAGGUGCGUACUUUGCUUCCCCUGACUCUGAAGCAGUUGAAUAGUGUAUCAACCAAUGGUGAAUCAAAUUUCUCAAUAGACGGCGUUGAUAUUAACACUGUUGCAAUUGUUGGACGAGUUACUAGAAUGGAGAACAGAAUCACUCAGGUCGAUUUUGUUGUAGAUGAUGGUACAGGCUGGGUCGACUGUGUUAGAUGGUGUCACGAACGUCAAGAAACUGAAGAAAUGGAAGCAGUCAAGCUGGGAAUGUAUGUUCGCCUACAUGGACACCUGAAAAGUUUUCAAGGGAAGCGAUCUUUGAAUGUUUUCUCAAUCAGGCCUGUCGUUGACUUCAAUGAGAUUGUACACCACUUUAUUGAGUGUAUGUAUGUCCACAAGUACAAUACCAAGACACGGGGCGGUCCAAUUGCUCAGGCUGCUGCGACUCCUAUACCCCAAAUGCCAUAUUCAACAAUGUCAACCCCUGCAAAGCCAUACCAAACCGCUCCAUCUAAUCAGUUUCCGAACCAAUUCAAUGAUCAAAUGCACAGCAUGAUGCAGACAGUCUUGAAUUACCUGAAUCAACCUAGGCACCUUGCAUCUGAAGGUGGAGUUCACUAUGAUGUGAUUUCUCGUGACCUCAGGAUUCCUCCGCUUCAAGUCAAGGAUGCGUUAGAAAUGCUAUCGAAUGACGGCUGUGUUUACUCAACUAAAGAUGAGAAUUGCUUCAAAUCAACCGCAGACGCAUGA